UUCACCUGGCAAAUAUUUGUUGAGAGGACCAAUGCCCACAACCUUACCUUUCCACUCCCUCUUUCAUUUCACUUUCUCCCACUCUAAUCCAACGACCUUUGUUUAAUUCAAAGACCCAUUUAUAUACCCCAUCUCUCUCUCUCUCUCUCUCUCUCACACACACACACCCCUUCAUUGGAAAAUUCUCUCCCACCCUGCAAGCAAAGCAGCUUUCACUUUUAUAUUUGUUCUCUUCUCUUUCCUUUGGGUCUCUUUCUGUCUUUGCUUCUCUCUCUGGCUUCUGGGUUUGUGUGCUUUUUACUCAUUGAGAUCUGCAUCAAAAUGGGUUACUCCCAAGGCACUUCCACUGACUCUAUAGAGCCCCCCAAUGCUUCUCCUCUAUACGCUUCCUCCUCUGUAGUAGGUACAGAUCACUACUGUGACUAUAAUGAGCUUAGAAUCAAAACCAUUGUGAAGAAGAUGCUUCGGGAGCUUGGUCUGGCCUGUUUUCUUCCACCUCGCCAGAGGAGGAGCAACCAGAGCCCAAUUGAUGACGACGACGACGACGACAACAAUGGAAACAACAAAAAGAACAUAAAUUUAGAGCACAACAAGGCAUGGUUGCUAGCAGAGUCAGGUGGGUGUGGAGCAGAGUUGACAAAUGCUGACCCACACUCAGUUCAUUCCUCUUUCAGGUUCAGCUUCUGCUCUCAAGUUGAGCUUGAGUCCUUGAACAUGAGCUCUUCGGCCGCUGCAACUGUUUUGAUGGUGAAUUUGGACAAUGGGUUGUGUGAGUCUAAAGCUAAAGAAUUGAAAUGGAGGAGAUUUGAAUCAUUAGAGAGGAGCAUAUCCCCAAUGGCUCACACUUUGGUCAGAUUCAGCUAUGGUGAAGUUCUUGCUGCUACUCGUAAUUUCUCAAAAGGCAGAGUUUUAGGGAGAGGAGCUCUGAGCUGUGUCUUUAGGGGUAGAGUUGGGAUUUUGAGGACUGCUGUGGCAAUUAAGCGAUUGGACAAGGAAGAUAAGGAGUCUUCCAAGGCAUUUUGUAGAGAGUUGAUGAUUUCUAGCUCUCUUCAAAACCCAAAUGUAACACCUCUUGUGGGGUUUUGCAUAGAUCCAGAGGAGGGCUUGUUCUUGGUUUAUAAGUAUGUCUCUGGGGGAAGUUUAGAGCGGCAUUUACAUGAGAAAAAGAAGGGAGUGAAGGGCUCUGCAACACUUCCUUGGUCUGUAAGGCAUAAGGUUGCAAUUGGAAUUGCUGAGGCAAUUGCAUAUUUACAUAAUGGAACCGAAAGAUGUAUUGUUCACCGUGAUAUCAAACCCUCAAACAUUCUCCUGUCUUCCAAUAAAACAGCCAAGUUAUGUGAUUUCGGAUUAGCCACAUGGACUUCUGCACCUUCCAUCCCUUUCCUUUGCAAAACUGUCAAAGGAACAUUUGGUUACUUGGCUCCUGAGUAUUUCCAGCAUGGGAAAAUAUCCGAUAAAACCGAUGUUUAUGCAUUUGGGGUGGUCUUGCUGGAAUUGAUCACUGGAAGGAAGCCAAUUGAAGCAAGAAGGUCACAAGGAGAUGAAAACUUGGUUCUAUGGGCAAAACCACUCUUGCAUAAGGGGAAGGGCUCUAUUGAGGAGUUGCUUGAUCCACGGCUAAAAUGCACUUUGAGAAAUUCAAAUCAAAUAACACGGAUGAUUGAAGCUGCAGCUGCCUGCAUAACUAGUGAAGAAUCUCGUAGGCCAAGCAUUUGCGAGAUAAUGGCAAUACUUAAAGGUGAACAAGAACCUUUCUUCUCCAAGAGGAAGAAGUCCGGUUUUCUGGGAAAUGGAUUGGUUAUUGAUUGUUAUUCUCAAUUACAGCAAACAAAUAGUGAGAUGAAAAGUCACCUAGCUCUGGCUAUGCUAGGGGUUUCUGAAUUUGAAGAAGAUGAUCACCUGUACUGUCGUUGAAACGUGAUACAUAAACUAUCUGGAUUUUUCAACACUAAUAUUUAUUGUUGCUUGUUUGAAGUUUGAACAGAGUGCUAGAAGUGAGAACUGGAAAUAGUGUUGAAUUUGUAGAUAUGAAUAGCCGAAUAGGAGUCGGAUGAACAAGUGCCUGUAAAUAUCUUCGGUUUACCUCUCCCUAUUCAGCUAUUCUAAUAGGGAAAAGUGUAAUAGAAAUUUUUAUUUAAGUUUAAAAGUUCUUGUUCCAUUGAACCCUA